UCUCGCAGUCACUCGUUCUCGGUGCGCUUUCGUAGAGCUUUGGGUUGUGUGUGUGUGUUUUGCUGGAAUCUAUUGCCUACACGGCGGCUUCGCUUCGCUUCAUUAGCAGCCGUCUAGUAACGAGUCGGUAUGUCUGCGUGAACAUAAGAAAGACCGAAGGGCGCGUUGCUUGAAGUGAACAUGAAGUCGCUGCGCCUCUGGAUCCUCCUCGCUGUAAUGACCGCGUGUCAGCAGCUCGCCACUUCGGCCACAUACGGCUGUUUGUUUGAUGGGGGGCUUUGCUCCAGUGGACAGAUCUGUUGGGAUGAUGAGUUAUUUGGGCAGUGCCUUACACAGCAGCAAGAGAGAUUUCGCUACAGGGUGACUGCUGGCUUACUGGACAGACUACAAUCUUUACUGCAAAUGCUCAUGAAAAAAGGCCUGACCUGGCAGGAUGAAGCCACCCAAUCAAUUGUAGAUAAGGAGCUUAGCAUGGUUGAGAAGAUCCCACUGUCAAUUGUGAAGAAUACUCCCUCCUCCAAAUCUAAUGGAGGGCCAGCAGACCAGCUAAACCCCAAACUCCAGCGGUACAUGGACUACAUGAUUGUUGAUCCUCCUCAGUCUUCCCUUCACAUGCAAAGCCUGGAACCUUAUACCUAUCAAAAGUAUGGUUACCAAGAUGAAGAGGAGCGCUCUCUAAACCUGGUGGAUGGGAACAUGUACCACUCAUCCUCCUCUAGAGUGCCAAGGCCUCGUCCUAAUGCUCUGGAUAAGGACACACAGCUGCUUCAGGAUCUGAUGUCUCUCCUACUCUCCUCUCCUGAACAGACCAACACCGGCCACCGGGUGGCGACACCCCUCUCAACUUCACCUUUCUUCGAGGACCUGGACUUCCCACUGGAGUACAGCAAAAACUAUGUUUCCAAAGGCAUGGGGGCCAGUAGCCAGGAACAGAAGAAGAAGUCCUCCAAGCAGUCUAGGCCUGAUGAUGAGGAUCCCACUCAGCAGAAUCUGAAUGAGCUGCUAUUGCAACAUGGCUUUGACCUGACUCAUGUGAACCCUGCAGACCUGGAACGUCUCUUUACUGUCCUGGAUCUCCUGCAGAGUGAACCUUCAAUCCCACACAGUCAGGAUCAUACUAUUGAUUCAUCUGCCCCACAAAAACUGAAGAUCACUGAGGGAGAAAUGACACACAUGGGGGAAAAAGCUUCAGCACCAGCCAUCUCCUCAUCUUCUAUGGAGGGUCCCAACUCCGGUGGAUCUCCACAGUCCAAUGAUAUUAAAGAGGAAGCAAGUUUAGAGGCUCCUCCAGCUUUGAUGAAACAAGACAAAGGGUGGAAGGUAGAGGAAAAAGGUUGGAAAGGAGUCCUCAAUACAACACCAGCAAAGAAUCAAUCCCAAUACAAAGAGGAGUAUGGAUAUAUUGUAACAAACAAGAGUCCCCUCUCUCUGUUUGAUGGCAUUCGUCUUUUGGUGGCCCUGACUAAGAGGAUCCAUCUCACCAUUGGCUCUUUUAUCAACAUCAGCGUGGUAGGUCCGGCUCUCACAUUCCAAGUUCGCCCGAACAGCCAGAACCUGUCAAAUGCUGAAGUGGCGGAGAAGGCCGUGGCUGAGACGAACUUUCUAGAGUCUGAAACUGGGCUGAAUGUGCUUCAGGCAGGUGUUGGAGAGAAUAAAGAUGGGGUGCCGGUGGCAAUGCGUGUGCGCAACAGCAGCCAGUGGGUGUUUCUUAUGUUUGUGGGCGUGGCUUGUGUGGGUGGGCUCUUAGUGGGCUCACUAACUAUAGCAUGUUUGCAUAGUCAUGCUCAGCAGCUGGCUUCCAGGAAGUUAGGCUUGGGUCCAGAGGCAGGCAGUGGCACACACUAUGCCUACCAGGAUCUCUGUAGGCAGCACAUGGCUGCUAAAUCCUCCUCAGGAAGGCAAGAGAGUGGUGUUUCUACAGGAGGGAGUGGGACCGGAGGUGCAGUAGGAGGAGCUGGAACAGAUACUUCGAGGAUCAGUAGUGUAUCGUCUCAGUACAGCGAUGCCCCUCAAGCCAGCCCCAGUUCACACAGCAGCACUCCUUCCUGGUGUGAGGAGCCAGCACAGUCAAACAUGGACAUCUCCACUGGCCACAUGAUACUGGCAUAUAUGGAGGACCAUGUAAAGAAUAAGGACCGCUUGAUGAAGGAGUGGGAGGCAUUGUGCUCCUACCAAGCAGAACCCAGCACUGUGUCCGUUGCUCAGAACGAAUCAAACAUUAAGAAGAACCGCUGUCCUGACGCUGUGCCAUAUGAUCACUCCCGGGUGAAACUGAAGGCUGAGGUUAACCCCUCAAGAGCUGACUACAUUAACGCCAGCACCAUAAUUGAGCAUGACCCCAGAAUGCCAGCAUACAUCGCCACUCAAGGACCACUCUCGCAUACCAUUUCUGACUUCUGGCAGAUGGUCUGGGAGAACGGAUGCACUGUGAUCGUGAUGAUGUCUGCGCUUGUUGAGGAUGGAGAGAAGCAGUGUGAUCGUUACUGGCCUGAUGAGGGCUCAUCCCUCUACCACAUCUAUGAGGUGAACCUGGUGUCGGAACACAUCUGGUGCAAUGACUUCCUGGUACGGAGCUUCUAUCUGAAAAAUGUGCAGACGCAGGAGACACGCACUCUCACCCAGUUCCACUUUCUGAGUUGGCCUGCGCAGGGUAUACCAACCUCCACACGCCCUCUGCUGGACUUCCGCAGGAAGGUUAAUAAAUGCUACCGAGGACGCUCCUGCCCAAUUAUUGUCCACUGCAGUGAUGGCACAGGCCGGACUGGAACAUACAUCUUGAUCGACAUGGUUUUGAACCGCAUGGCAAAAGGUGUGAAGGAAAUAGAUAUCGCUGCGACCCUGGAGCACAUUCGUGACCAGAGACCAGGAAUGGUGCGCACAAAGGACCAGUUUGAGUUUGCUCUUACUGCUGUGGCUGAAGAAGUAAAUGCUAUCCUUAAAGCUCUGCCCCAGUGAGCCCUAAUCAUAUGCCUGAAAACCACAUACACAUACAAUCCAUACAGAAUACAUUGAUGCAUGAGCAACUACUACAUGGACCUCAUGUGUCUAAACCUGCCUCCAUCCCACUCCAGCAUGUAUGCACACACACACACACACACGUCCAACCAGCACUCAGACUGUUUUGUUUCCUACAGUACAGACACACCUUACAUCAUCUCAUCUUCAGUUCAUCGUGCAUACCGAAUCUCUAACACACAGACAGCUUAUUUCAUUAACUCCAACUUGUACCUUAAGGAUCACUCCUUAUUAUUUAGUAUUAAAAACAGAAGAAGUUGAUUAACCCUCUGUCCCUCCCAAUUUGUCCUGCCUCCAUUUCUCUCUUGUAAUCAUAGUGAUGGCUUUAUCCUGAUUUUACCUCAGCAGUGCUGUGAGUGUUUUUUUCCCAGGAUUCUCUUGUCUCCAGUUGCAUUAAUGGAUGACUGAGGGUGAGUGGUUUAGAGACCUUAGGCCAAGAUCCAAUCUGCCCAUGCUCCAUUUGAUGGGUUUAUGUGGUUUGAUGGAAAUUCUGAACGUGACUGAAUGAUUGUCUUCUGUCUUCUCUAUACCACCUCAUUUCCCUCCUGCCUCUUGCACACUUUGACACUCUUAAUUGUAAUUGUUCUUUUCUUCUUGGAUUCCAGCAUUAAAAAAAGUAUAAAAAUAUAUAUGUAUUUAAGCAAGAAAUAUAUAUUAAUUUUGUAUUUUGUGGUGAGUAAUAAAACAGUUUUGUGACGUCAUGCAGCAG